UUAUCAAGUUUUAAUUUUUUACCUGUUCUUUAGAAUUCUGAGAUGAAUGUAACAUACAUUACUCUUGGUGGUCAUUUGGAGGUGGAAAAAUACCGGUUCCUUUAUUUUGUCAUCAUGCUUAUAGCAUAUAUUUUAAUUUUGUGCAGCAAUUCUACCAUUGUUUAUCUCAUUGUGGUUCACAAAGACCUUCAUGAGCCGAUGUAUGUAUUUAUUGCUGCUCUGUUGAUCAACUCUGUUCUUUUCAGCACGGUGGUCUAUCCAAAACUCCUGAUUGACUUUCUAUCUGAUAAACAGAUCAUAUCUUAUCAAGCCUGUCUCUUUCAGGUUUGUGUUUUUUAUUCUCUAUACAGUUCAGAGUUCUUGCUGUUGGCAGCCAUGGCCUAUGACAGAUAUGUGUCCAUAUGUAAACCUCUGCAUUAUCCAACAAUCAUGAGAAAAACCACUGUGAUCAUUUUGCUGGUUUUAUCCUGGCUUUUACCUGUUUGUCACACAGCUGUACCAGUCAUAGAAAAUGCUCAAACCCAGCUGUGUAGCUUUACUUUGAAAGGUAUAUUCUGCAACAACUCAAUUAACCAUCUUUUAUGUGUGACUUCCAGAGCACUGUUAAUGUUUGGUUUAGUUAUUCUGUUCAAUAUUAACUUGCUUCCUUUGCUUUUUAUACUCUUUACAUACACAAUGAUAUUCAUAACAACUUAUAAAAGUUGUGGUCAAGUCCGGAAGAAGGUUGCGAACACCUGUUUACCUCACCUGCUGGUCUUAAUAAACUAUUCUUGCUUGCUUAUCUUUGAAAUAACUAUAGUUAGACUGGAUUCUGAUAUUUCAAAUACCUCACGUUUUGUUAUGACAGUACAAAUGAUUAUGUACAAUCCUCUUGGCAAUCCAAUCAUAUAUGGAAUAAAAAUGAAAGAGAUCUAUAAACACCUCAAAAGACUGCUCUGUCAAGCCAAGGUAGAGUAAUGUAGUUAAAUGGUCACUAUUUAUAUAGAUUUUAAAAUGUGUCUCGAUAUUUAAACUAUUACAUACUGUUUAUUUAAUGGCUAUGCAUUCAUAUGUGUUUGUGCUGCCCACUGAGAUCUUCAACCAUGCCCAUCAAUCUAAUGAGCAUGGAUUGUUCAUGCCCAGGGCAAAAUGAUUCUGAGGCCCGGAUCCUCAUAAAAGUCCACCAUGAGCUCUGUAAUGCACAACAAUGUGUUUCAUUUGUGUGCUUUUCUUAUUAAGCUUAAAUAUGAUAAUAAAUGGCAUUGUAAAAAACAGUCUGACCAUUAUUUUUCAGUUUGGAAGGGGAAAGGUUGGGUCAAAUGUAAAUGUUAAAGGCAUUCAGCAGAAAGAUGUAGCCUGCUAAGACAAAGUUUGAUACCAUUUAGAUCACGAGUGUCAAAAACAGUCUCUCAAAUCUUUAUAUUUGGCCCGCAGAUCAUGUAUCAGAUAUGUAUUAGUAUGAGUCUGUGGCUGCUGCACAAUCCUUUUUUCCCUCCCUAAUACACUGACACAACUCCAUGCUCAAGCUGCUCAAACGGUGUAACGGAUUAUCACCAUGCCACAUAUUGUGCAAUAACAAUAACAUCAUCAAGGGAAUAUUUUUGAAACGGACAGGAUAAUCUGUAGUCAAACCAAAAUUUAAGCUAAAUAAAAUAGAAUUACAAACACCACCAAGGGUAUUAGACUUCUAUAAUCUCAAACACCCCAAACUACUGUCUGA